GCGAACACCACGACCAGCAACUCGGGCGGCGCGUCGGGAGUCACAAACCCUCACCCCGCUUGCGUGCCGGCCUACGCAGACCCCGAAGAUACCGUUACCUACGUACAUGAGCGCCGACGGUGAUGCAUCGACUCGUGACUCGUCCAGCCGGAGGGUCACGUGCACGAGGAAGUCCACACGUCGGUCGCAGCGAGAAGCGAAGAAGGCUAAACAUGAUUCGCAAUCUCUCUCGUCGCCGGAGACUCCUACCACGGUGACUCAGGAUGGAGACCAUAUGAGCCUGGAAGUGGCUGAUGAACAGAUGCUGGCUGGGAGGCAUAUAAGCAAUGCCAAGUUCCGCAAGGGAUUCGUCUCUCCUGACACAGGCGAGAUAGUGUAUGUUGUACGCGAUAUACUGGGAUACCGCAGACGUGGAAAAAGCAUAGAAGAGUAUAAUGUCGCCUGGGAAGGGUAUCCCGAUUCUGCAGCUACCUGGGAGCCAGCUGCCAACAUCCCGGCGUCGGAAUGGAAGGAAGAGCGUGACGAUGCUCGCCGGAAGUACGAGCUCGAGCAGAAGCUGAGGCACGGGGUGAAGAGAAGAAGAGAUCCAGAAGUGCUUUCUGAGUUCGCGGAAGACAUAAUACCACUUGACUGAGAGUUUUGCGUUUUCUUCCUCUGUUAUCAUUAUUACUCUUCGUAUGUGACCUGUACUAAUUGAGUGCAGAGAAUGAGAAUAUUCUCUUCUCCGCCUAAUGCAAUGCUGCGAACUUCUGUACUGUCAAAUUGACU